UGUCCAAAGUCAGUAACUCAUUUGUUGAUAAACGUCAGUGUUGAUAUUUACAAACAUAUUUUAUUUUUUUAAGUAUAAAUAUAAAAAAAUAAAUUUAUUCAUCAAAAUGAAGCCUACCCAAGUAGCUGAUGAAAUGUUUCCUGAAGGUGCUGGUCCAUACAUGGACCUUGAAGAGGCUGGAGGAUCCAGUGGACUUCUAAUGGAUUUAGCAGCCAACGAAAAAGCAGUUCAUGCUGAUUUCUUCAACGAUUUCGAUGACCUGUAUGACGAUAAUGAUCUCGCAUAAAUAUGCCAUUAAUUUAAAUAAAAAUUAAUUUUAUUUGAUACUGGGUGAUUAUAAUAAAUAAAAUAAAUCAGGUA